AUUGGAAACUUCAACGCACAUCAAAGGUUAGUGCAAACGGUGCAAGCAGAGACGCGGCCUCCAUUUGUAAGAUUGUGCGAAAUUUUCUGUGUUCUUGAUUGAAAAUGGAUUUCAUCCAGGAAUUGGAGUGUUUUAUUGAGAUCAUGAAAUAUUUCAGCUCUAUUCCAGAAACGAUCGGGAAACCUCUUGUUCGGGAUAGCUUCGACAGAAUGAUAUCGCGUGUUUGGAAGCCUAAACAAGCGACAUGGUUUUUCGCUCAUAAACUGCGCCAACAACACAUGGGAAUAAGGGAUUUCGGUGGCAUGCGCCAAGGGAUGGAGAACUUGGGAAAUGGGAUUCUCAAGAAGACACUUUCUGAAGGCUUUGGAGAAAUUCUGCAGGACAACAAGCGUGUUUCGCUGUAUUACUCAAUUUUCGUAGAUGGUGAUGAAGGAAUCAUUGGAUCAAUUGAUUCCACAUACCUUGCCCAAGAGCCGUUCGUCUUCGUGUUGGGCAAAGAAAGUCGCAUCUUGCCAGGUUUUGAGAAGGCAGUGCGCACGAUGCGCAACCAGGAGAAGGCACAGUUUAUAAUUCCUCGUCUGUUCGCUGAUGGAGCGAACGCUGCAAAUCCCAAUAGUCUCAAGGAUUCAUUCGUGGAGAUUGAGAUCAUCAGAGUGGCCACAGAUGUUACGAAAGCGGAGAAGAGUCGCAUUGCAACUAGCUUCAAUCUCACACUGAAUGCUGUCCAUGAGCUUCGCAAUAAGGCAAAAGCAGCCUUUUCCUCCGGAUUCUAUCGUUGCGCUGCUUUUGACUACACAAGUGCAAUGCUUCUGCUGAUGAAUGUCAUGAUCCAGAAUGAAGCGGAGAAUGACAAACGACUGCAGCUGAUCAUGAAAAUGAGCCUCAACUGCGGUAUGGCAUUCAACAAGUUUGGACAGCACAAGAUUGCCAGUGAAUUUCUGGUCUAUGCUGUGGAAAUGAUCGACGGUGGUGUAAAUGCUGAAGAUAGACUGAAAGGAAAAAUCUUCCUUCAUGCUUGCCGAUCUCUGCGUCUAGAUAGAAAAUUCGCGGAUGCCACAGAGUGUCUCAAACGAGCUCACGCAUAUUUGGGAAAUAUUCCGGAGGUUUUGACGGAGUUCCAUGAGCUCGGCAAAUUCUACGACGUGUUUAUGGAUUCAAUGUCCUUUGAUAAGAUCCUGUGCAAAAUCUUCAAGCAAAAGAUAGCUAAGAAUGUUGAAGAGGAUUCUCCGGCAUAUCAGAAAGACAAGGAGUUCUUUGAGACAAUCUUUGAACAGAUGUUGCAGACUUUCCUGUGCGACAAGGCCAAAAGGAGGGAGUUUUACGUGAUGCCGGGCAUAUACAACAAUACGUGGGUAAAGAACGUGGCUGCCAAGUACGAGAAAGUCAAUCUUAAUGUGCAGAGGAAUGACAUGGAAAUCGUGCGUUUUGUUCUGACUAAGAAAUAGCUGAUGAACUUCAUUUCUAUUACCUACAUAUCUUUUCUUACCCUGGACUAUUAUGAGUUUGUAUUCCUUCCGUUACUUUUCAUGAAUAAAAUUUCUUUUUUUUUGAUUCCGAUGAAUUUUCUUCUCGUCAGCAAGA